GCUGCUGAAGAAGAGACCCGCUGGUUGUGUUGGCAAAAAAUAUGGUAAAAUCAGAUAGAGGUAUGCUGAAGUAAUAAGGGAAAAUGUCCGUAUAUGUAGCCGUUUUCCAUUUGAUGCAGGAUACAGCAAACUGACUUGACCCCCAUCAGACAGAGCUACAGCAAAAUCAGUUUCCUGUGUGUGGACUCUCUGAAUGGCCAUUCUCUAGCUCCAAGAACAGCUGUCACCCAGUCCCUUCUGAGAGUGAGUGAGCGUGAAGAGUGAGCUCAACGGUUUCACAUGAAACAAGCGCUCGCACACUCCAGUUGAAGCCGGAACAGAGCGACACGUCAGCACAAAUUCACAGAUCUGCUGUCAAAAUCUCAAACACACACUAGACAAAGCUACAUCCUCACGUUUCAGACACUGCACCCCUUCAUUCCCACCAUCCAUCCGUUCACUCCUCUGCUUCAGCGAACAUGUACGGCAGCGCCCGUUCUGUGGGCAGAGCGGAUGCCAACCACAGCGGAGGAGGAAGAGAUGGAGGAAGAGACACAGGGAGGGAUGGGGGGAGAAGCCAGGGUUCAUGUCGCUCCCCUCAUCUCCCACGCUCCCCACGGAUGGGCCACCGUCGCACCAACAGCACGGGGGGCAGUGGAGGGGGUCCAGGCGGAGCAGGGGGUAAGACCCUCUCCAUGGAGAACAUCCAGUCCCUCAAUGCCGCCUAUGCCACCUCAGGACCCAUGUACCUGAGCAACAACGAGGUUGCCAUGUCCGACCACGUUAACAAGAGUGGUCGAGAGAUGACUACAAUGGGGCGGCAGAGGGUGACAUACGGGUCAAGGGCAAGUGCAGGAGGGGGUGGAGGGGUGGCAGCUAGCACCCCCAACAUCGCCACAUCGGCCCAGGCCAAUGCUGUACUCCCUGGGGGGAUGAUGGCAGGCGAUGCCCUGGCUUUUGGGGAUCACCACAUGGCCUCCACGGUCCCUCACUCCCUGAGACAGGCCCGGGACAACACCAUACUGGACCUGCAGGCCCAACUCAAAGAGGUUCUGCGUGAGAACGAGUUGCUGCGUCGUGAGGUGGAGGUGAAGGAGAGCAAGCUGAGUUCCUCCAUGAACUCCAUCAAGACCUUCUGGAGCCCUGAGCUGAAGAAGGAGAGAGCACUAAGGAAGGACGAGGUGUCCAAGAUCACUGUCUGGAAGGAACAGUACCGCGUGGUGCAGGAUGAGACACAGCACCUCCAUAUGACGGUCCAGGCCUUGCAGGAUGAACUGAGGAUACAGAGAGACCUGAACCAGCUGCUCCAGCAGGACCCUGCCAGCCAAGGUCGCGACCUGGCCCUGACCUCUGAACCCACGGAGGAGAACUACCGUCGGCUAUACGGGGACCACGAGCGUCAGGCCAAGGAGCUGUUCCUACUCAGGAAGACCCUGGAGGAGAUGGAGCUGAGGAUAGACACCCAGAAACAGACCCUGGGUGCCAGGGACGAGUCCAUCAAGAAACUACUGGAAAUGCUGCAGAGCAAAGGGCCGUCGGCUAAGGCGUCAGAGGAAGACCAGGAGAGAACCAGGAGACUGGCUGAUGCUGAGAUGCACAGACACCAUCUAGAGUCCCUACUGGACCAGAGAGACAGGGAGACAACUGCUCUACGAGAGGAGCUGCACCGUCGAUACGAGGGAACCCCAGAGUCCACAAAAACCAAGGCUCUACAGACCGUCAUCGACAUGAAGGAUGCUAAGAUCAACUCACUGGAGCGAGGUCUGAGGGACAUGGAGGAGGAGGUGAUGAUGUUGAAGUCCAACGGCCUGCUGAGCUGUGAGGAGAGACAGGAGGAGAUUAAACAGAUGGAAGUCUACCGCAGCCACACCAAGUUCAUGAAGAACAAGAUGGACCAGGUGAAGCAGGACUUGUCCAGGAAGGACACAGAGCUGCUGGGUUUGCAGACCAAGCUGGAGACUCUGACCAACCAGUUCUCUGAUAGCAAGCAGCACAUCGAGGUCCUCAAGGAGUCUCUGACUGCUAAAGAACAACGAGCUGCCAUCCUACAGACAGAGGUGGAUGCAUUGCGUCUGCGUCUGGAGGAGAAGGAGACCACUCUGAACAAGAAGAGUAAACAGAUCCAGGAGAUGUCUGAGGAGAAGGGCACGCUCAACGGAGAGAUCCACGACCUCAAGGACAUGCUGGAGGUCAAGGAGCGAAAGGUCAACGUCCUGCAGAAGAAGAUUGAGAACCUGCAGGAGCAGCUGAGAGACAAGGAGAAGCAAAUGAGCAGCCUGAAGGAGAGAGUCAAGUCUUUACAGGCAGACACCUCUAACACAGACACUGCUCUCACCACACUGGAGGAGUCCCUUGCUGAGAAGGAGCGUAUCAUUGAGCGUCUGAAGGAGCAGAGAGACAGAGACGACAGGGAGAAGACUGAGGAGAUCGACAGCAACAAGAAAGAACUGAAGGAUCUGAAGGAGAAAGUCAGUCUGCUGCAGGGAGAUCUGUCCGACAGAGAGACUAACCUGUUGGACCUGAAGGAGCAUGCGUCGUCCCUGGCCUCCUCAGGGCUGAAGAAAGACUCCAAGCUGAAGAGUAUGGAGAUCUCUCUGGAGCAGAGGAAGGAGGCGUGUCUCAAACUGGAGAACCAGCUCAAGAGGGCACAGAAUGCGACGUUCGAGGCCAAGGCGAACACGGAGCUGUCGGAGCGCAUCACCUCCCUGGAGCGGGAAGUUACCCGACACCGAGAGGAUUCUGGGAAGGCUCAGGCGGAGGUGGACCGGCUGCUGGAGAUCCUGAGAGAGAUGGAGAACGAGAAGAAUGACAAGGACCGCAAGAUCAACGAGCUGGAGAGUCAGUCCUCCAGACAGACCAAGGACCAGAGUAAGAAGGUGGCGUCUCUGAAACAUAAGGAGCAGGUGGAGAAGAGUAGGAACGCCCAACUGAAGAACGAAGCCAAAAAGAGAGAGGACAACAUCUCAGAGAGCUCUCAACAGGUCAAGGACUCUCUGCGGUUGAAGACGGAGCGUAUCGAGGAGUUAGAGGAGGCUCUGAGAGAGAGUGUUCAGAUCACAGCAGAGAGAGAGAUGGUGCUGGCACAGGAGGAGGCUGCCAGGAACCACCAGGAGAAACAGAUUGAGGAGCUGCUGGGGGCCAUGGAGAAGGUGAAACAGGAGCUGGAGUCCAUGAGGGCCAAGCUGUCGUCUACCCAGCAGUCCCUGUGUGAGAAGGAGGCCCACCUGACCACGCUGAGGGUUGAACGCAGGAAACACCUGGAGGAGGUGCUGGAGAUGAAACAGGAGGCGCUGCUGGCAGCCAUCAGUGAGAAGGACGCCAACAUCGCCCUGCUGGAGCUGUCCUCGUCCAAGAAGAAGAAGACCCAGGAUGAGGUGGCUCUGCUGAAGAGAGAGAAGGACCGUCUGGUACAACAGCUCAAACAGCAGACUCAGAACCGUAUGAAGCUAAUGGCAGACAACUAUGAGGACGACCACCUGAAGACCGCCCCCGACCAGACCAAUCACAAACCUUCUCCAGAUCAGAUGAUCCCACCUCUCCUGUCCCUGAGUGAAAAUCGCAGUAAGCUGAAGCUCUACAUCGACCACCUGACUGACCUCUGCCACGACCGAGACCCCAGCAUCCUCAGUGACCUGACCCCGCCCCUCCACUAUCACCACACCAACCCACCAGCCUGGGAGGAGGAGCUACACAAGUUGACUCUGGAGCAGUUGGAACUGGAGUUGGAGUUGUGUGAAAAGGAGAGCGGGGAGCUGCAGGAGUAUGCCAACUCAGUGCUGCAGCAGAUCGCUGACUACUGCCCUGACAUCCUGGAGCAGGUGGUCAAUGCGCUGGAGGAGUCCUGCUGACCCCUCACCUUUACAGACCACCCCCAGAUUACCCCAUGACCCUGCAUGAGUUUCAGACAACCUUCCUCCCAUCUAUCCACACAUGAUCUUGGCAGAGGGAAGACUGGGCAAUCGUACUGCACCCCCACAUGCCUAAUUCUCAUUCCUGGGGAGAUUCACCAGCCUGAGGACACGAUGAUGUUCUGAUGAAGAACAGCCACACAGUGGCCUAAUGGUGGAGGGAUGUAGCGGCCUGCCAGUCAUGGGUUGUGUUCGGUAGGGCACGUCAUACCAAAACAUUUUGAAAGAGAAAACACAGGUAUUACUUUGAAAAUGUUUUUUCUGGAUUUGUCCGUACUGACACAACUAUUGUUUUCUCUUUGUAUCUAAACCAGUGUUUUUUCUGAAUGGUGGAUGGUCAUGGCAUGAAAAUAUUUAGGAACCAGUGAUUUAAACAGAAAAAAAGGCAUAUACAAUAUGCCAAUUUAUUUCCUUUCGGAUUGGCCUUCAGAAUCUCCUAUGUGAGUUACUGGACAACAAACCUAUUCCCUCAACUCCCCACCUAGAUAUAGUGAGAGAACCCCUUGCUGAGUUUUGCUGACUAAAUGUAGGGCUUUAGCUAUGGCUGACUUACUGCGUGUUCUGUGAACGGGUCUUAAGACAGAGGGAAGAAUACUAACUUGAACUUCCACUCACAUCUCCCAUUCACAUCAAUGUCUAAUUUAUGUGAAACUUCAAGGUACACUAGCUUCUCAAGUUAGGAUUCGGCCCAGAGAGAGAGAGCGAGAGAAGCAGAGAGGACAGUUUGGUUGCAGUUGAUUUUAGAUGGUUUUGCACACAGCACUACCUUCUAUAUGAGGUAUGCAAUGUUAGUUUAUUUUCAGAGUCAUAGCCAGCAUCCCAAAUGAUACCCUAUUCCCCACAUGGUACACUUAUUUUGUCAAAAGUAGUGCACUAUACGGAAUAGGGUGUCAUUUGGGAUGCUACCAUAGUGGCCUUUGAGCGUGCACAGGGAUCAGUACUGGACCUAAACAAGGGACCUUUUUUAUUCCUGCUCUAUUGGUGCUACAGCAUGGCAUAAGACAUAAAUAAAUAUCUAACCCACUGGUCAUACGAUCUCAUCCAAAGUUUCUAUAGAUAUGACUUAUUAAAAAACUAGCUGUUUAAUUUUUGUAUUGAAUUACGUUCCCUUAGAUGCAAAUGUUGCCCGUUCAGUGCAGCUUCAGAGCUAGCUACGGUUCUUCUUGUAAUGAGAUGAAAUUAUAGGGAAUCCUAGUUAAAAAGACAUGACAGUCACUUCUCAGUGGGUUUGAACUUUUUAAAAUCAGUUUGUAAAUAACUCAUCAAAUACGUACAGUGACUACAUAAAGGUAACCCAGUAGAAGAUGUUGUGAAUUCUGUUAAAAAAAUAUAUACACAAGUGAGAAGCUAAAAGCAGUGCAGUUGUCCCGUGCGUCUGAAUUUGUCUGCAGACAAGAUGUAUUUGACAGUACUGCCAUAAGUCGCGAAAAGUCAUGUUUUAUAAAUAUAUAUACAUAUACAAAGUAUGAUGUUGACCAUAUUGAUAUAUGCAUUGAAUGUUUGCACAGAAUCGUGAGGAGCAAGUCCCUCUGAACAAAAAGGUGGAUCAUGUCCUCGGCUAAAACUGGAGAAAUGUGUCAAAACGUUUUAUAUAAGUGUAAAAUGUACUACAAAUGUUUUCAAACCGUGACUGUGUAGAGGGAGAGUAUUUUUCUUGCAUUUAUUUCAAGAAUUUUCUUUCAUUUUUUAUAUAUAUAUAUACACUUUUGCCACAUUAUUUAAACGUUUUACCCUUAGGUUCCAGUGUUUAGUUUUUUAAUCUUUCUGAGAUGUGAAUGGGUGUUUGUGGAAAUGACACUCCCUAGACUGUGUUCCUCUAUGUUCUCCACUUCUCUCAAAUAGUAGUAUGACCCUUUAGGACAGAGCGGUCUCCAACCAUGUUUGUCCUGUGGCCUGAUUAGGGAGAGUUGUACUGUAUAGAACAGACAUCACUCUGCCAGUCUGGCAUUUAGAACUGCUCUGUACAGUGCAUUCCUAUGCCAAUCAGUCAAUGGUUAAACAAUAAUAAAAACCUACAGAUCAGCUUGCUCUCUAGGACCAGAGAUGGAGACUAGGUUACUGUUCAGGUUCUCUUAUCCAUAGGCCCUAUGAUGAGACUCAUUUAGAAUCACAUCCUGGCUAUCCCAGAAGUAAUGACUGACCUGACAAAAUCAUGAGGUCAAACCAAACGGUUCCACUGGUCAGCUUUCACCUAUCCAGGUCAUUAGAACAUUGUUUUAUUCUAGGAAGGAGGAACAGGUUGUCUUAUUGUAAAGGUUAACAGGGCCCUAGCUUGUGUAUCCCUGCCUUUGCCUUAAUGUCUGUGGACUCACCAUUCUGUGAUAACUUCAUGUUUUAAACUCUUCAUUUAGGAACAGAAUCU